CCACUACGUGAGGGCGGUACCGCGGAAUCUCGCGAGGGCUGCUUCCGGAGUCCCUACGGAAGUUGAAGAACGCGGUUCCGUUCCGCGGCAACUGACGGAGCGUUUCGGUUGCCGGCGUCUCGCCGCAGGAACUAUAUUGAAGACGAUGUCUGGAAGCUUCUACUUUGUCAUCGUUGGUCAUCAUGAUAAUCCAGUUUUUGAAAUGGAGUUUUUGCCAGCUGGAAAAGCAGAAUCCAAAGACGAUCACCGCCAUCUGAACCAGUUCAUAGCUCACGCUGCCCUCGACCUCGUAGAUGAGAACAUGUGGCUGUCAAACAAUAUGUACUUGAAGACAGUGGACAAAUUCAAUGAAUGGUUUGUCUCGGCAUUCGUCACUGCGGGUCAUAUGAGAUUUAUUAUGCUGCAUGAUGUCAGGCAAGAAGACGGAAUCAAGAACUUCUUUACUGAUGUCUAUGAUUUAUACAUAAAGUUUGCAAUGAAUCCAUUUUAUGAACCCAAUUCUCCUAUUCGAUCCAGCGCAUUUGACAGAAAAGUUCAGUUUCUUGGGAAGAAACACCUUUUAAGCUGAAUGCAAAAAACAGUCAGAAGUACACAAUGUCACUACAGUGGGUUAUACUCAGGAAUGUGUACAUUGUAAGUAACAAUUAAAUAGCAUGGUAAAGUUUUACUGGUAGUUUAUCUAAACCUAAUGAAAUUGCUUCUAUAUUUAAAAAAUAGUACAUUCAGUUUCUUACAGCUAUGAACAGAUUGCUAUUUGCUUGUGAACACUUAUUUAUAAAGAGCUCUUUAUUGGUAAUCUUGAAAUGUCUUUAUUUUUAAAAAUUGAGAUAAGCUUUUGACUUUCCUCAUUCAGAUAGUUGAUCUUGAUGAAGCACUCCAGAACCAAGUAUCAUUGUCAAGAUUUGGUAGGCAGAUUUAAAAAGAAAAGCUUCUGCAGUAGGGAAUGAAGUUGAUAGCACAUACAUGGGCUCAUCUAUAGAUCACAAGAUGUUAUGAAAACACAUAGGCAGUAUACAUAGCUCCGCCCAAGAAGCCGGAGCAGACCGUGUUGCAGUGCCAAAUGCCACAGGCCUGCCCCCAUCAGAGACUAGAAACAGUGAUCCUGCUGUAAUUCGAGACUCCUGAGCCCAGGUUUGUAUAGUGGGAGGCCAGGACCACAGUGACAGGUUAUGUUCUUGUUUCCUUUCCCUUAGACAAUAAGGAUUAAGUGAACCUGUUGAUAGAUGGACUAGUAGGUUGUAAGGCAGUUUUAGAAUUGGAAACGAAGAGCUUGUAUCACAUUAGCACUUGUACUCUAGGCUUUUCAGGCUGUAUACCUGUAUACCCGAGCGGGCGGGAGUGGUCUGUUUUUUUACUAUAACAGUGUGGGAUCUUAAUUGUAAACCAGUAAAUGUCCAUUGAAAAGCAAGUAAAUGUUCACUGAAAACCAGGUAUUUUCUGUGCUGUGAGCACUUGAAGAAUUUUGUUCAUUCCGAAUGAACAAAGCAAGGAAUUCUCGGUUUGGUCUUGUAUCUUUGUGUGAAGCUGCUAUCAGUUUUUUACCCUAUUUAUUUGAUUUCCUAAAUAAAGAUGUUUGUCCAAGAUUA